CCGGAAGCCUCGCGGUGCUCAAGCACCUCGUGCAAGUCGCGCGAGAACUCAGGAAGGGGCGGUUGAGAACGGAGGCCGGGAAGGCGGACCGCGCAGACUCCCUAGGAGUUGGAGGUACCCGCUAGCUGCCUCGAGUUGGGGCGGUCCGCGAGCCCGCGAGGGGCUUGACGGGAACGAGCUGCACGCGCGUGGAGGGCACAGCGGAGCAGAAAGGAAAGGCGCGGAAGAUCCGGGACACACACAGCAUGGCUGAAAACCGUGAGCCCCGCGGCACCGUCGAGGCUGAGCUGGACCCGGUGGAAUACACCCUUCGGAAACGGCUACCCCACCGCCUGCCCCGGCGGCCCAAUGACAUUUAUGUCAACAUGAAGACUGACUUUAAGGCCCAGUUGGCCCGCUGUCAGAAGCUGCUGGACGGAGGGGCGCGGGGUCAGAACGCAUGCACUGAGAUCUACAUUCAUGGUUUGGGCCUGGCUAUCAACCGUGCUAUCAACAUCGCCCUGCAGCUGCAGGCAGGCAGCUUUGGCUCUUUGCAGGUGGCUGCCAAUACCUCCACCGUGGAGCUGGUGGAUGAGCUGGAACCAGAGACUGAUACACGAGAGCCACUGACUCGAAUCCGCAACAACUCCGCCAUCCACAUCCGAGUCUUCAGGGUCACGCCCAAGUAAUUGACACGAAGCUAGCCCCCCUUGUCUAUCGGCUCCCCCUCACACACACAUAGCCAGGUCCUGAUGUGGCUCUUGGUGUGAGUUCUGUCAUGGACUCUGCCUGGCAGAGUCAUGUAAGAAAAGGCCUGUUCACUCAGCCUAAAAAACUCUGAAUUGAGGACAGAGAGGUAUUGGCCCUUGUUGGGCCCAAACAGUGGAUCUUCCUUGUCCUGUCAAAUAAAAAGUACCAAGUUUUGUUGGUGCUCUGC